UACAGCAAAAGUGAUAUUACAAAACUGGUCAUUGAAUCAUCCCCUGAGGGACAUUUAAUACUGUUUUACCAUCGAUUAUACAGCAAGAAGGAGUGAAUACAACAGUUAGAAUUAGUGACCGAGGACAGAUGAAAUGAUGUUUGAAGAAUCACUUGAUAGAAGACAAAACAUGCAUCACAGGAUACUGAUAGCUGCACUGAUUGUAUUUGCCCAAGACCUGAGCAGCAGAGGAAGAGCACAGGCAUGGACCUACAACUACAGCACCACUCCAAACCGUAGAUGGUUAGCAGCCAGCCAGUGGUGCCAGCAGAACUUCAUGGAAAUGGUGACCAUCCAGAGUCAGGAGGAGACUGACUUCCUCAACAAUCUACUGCCGUUUAACCAAAAUUAUUACUGGAUAGGCAUUCACAAAGCGGGUGAAGGAUGGAUCUGGAAUCAAACCCAUAAGGAAGUGCCCAGAGAGGCUCAGAACUGGGCACCAGAUGAGCCAGAUAACUUAACAGGUCAGGACUGUGUAGAGAUCUACAUUAAGAGGGACAAAGACACAGCCAAGUGGAACAAUGAGAACUGUCGCAAGAAGAAGGGAACAGUCUGCUACACUGCCUCUUGCAGACAGGAUUCCUGCAGUGCCCAUGCAGACUGUGUGGAGACCGUGGGGAACUAUACCUGCCAGUGCCAUUCUGGUUUCCUGGGGCCACGCUGUGAAGAGGCAAUAGCAUGCAAACCCUUGCUGGAUCCAGAACACGGUUCUCACUACUGUUUCCAUCCCUAUGGGUCCAAUAGUUUCAACUCUUCCUGCCUUUUCCACUGUGAACCUGGCUUUCAUUUGAUAGGCAUGCCCCAGCUGCUAUGCCAAGAUAGUGGGCACUGGGACCGCCCUGUUCCACUGUGUCAAGUUGAACAGUGUCCAGUUCUGAACCACACCAACAUUGAAGCGGGUAGCAUGAACUGCAGCCACCCCAUCGCACCUUACAGUUACAACUCCACCUGUGAGGUCAGAUGUGAUGAAGGCUAUGAGCCCAGUGGACAAGAUAAGAUCCGUUGUGACCACACCGGCAAUUGGACAGCCAGUGUCCCAGAAUGCACAAUAAAAAAGUGCUCCCCCAUUUUGUUUCCUGUUAUGGGCAACAUGACGUGUGUGCACACUCUGGAGCCUUUCUCCUUUGGAACAUGGUGUGACUUCACCUGCCAGGAAGGCUACUACCUGACCGGGGACAACAGACUCACAUGCCUGGCCUCUGGACAGUGGAGUCAACCUACACCUAAAUGCACAGUGGUACAGUGCAGCAGCCUAAAGGCUCCCUCCCAUGCUUCCAUGCAAUGCCAGGACCCUGUAAGUGCGUACAGCUAUGGCUCAACAUGCACCGUGCAAUGUGAAGAAGGUUUUGAUCUGAUUGGGACAAACAUGACACAAUGUUCUUCACGGGGCAACUGGAGUCAUGCGCUUCCUGUUUGUCAAGUGAAGAGGUGUAUUCCCAUAAAUCCUCCUCAUGGCUCCCUGUCCUGUUCUGACCCAAAUGGUUCCUUCAGUUUUGGUUCUCGGUGCACAGUAACCUGUGACGAGGGCUUUCUACUAAAUGGAACCGCCAGCACUGAGUGUAACUCCCUUGGCAUAUGGAAUACAGAUGUGCCACAUUGUCUGGCUAAGAGAUGUCCCACUCUGAACUCUCCCAUUCAUGGCUCUUUAGUCUGUUCUGAUCCUCAUGAACAGUUCAGUUUUGGUUCUCGGUGCAACACAACCUGUGAGGAGGGUUUUGUCCUGAAUGGGACAGCUGACACAGAGUGUACCUCUCUGGGAAAGUGGAGAGCAGAUAUCCCACAUUGCUUGGCAAAGAGAUGUCCCCCUCUGAACUCUCCCUCUCAUGGCUCUUCAGUCUGCUCUGCUCCUCAUGGAGAGUUCAGCUUUGGCUCUCGGUGCACAUCUACCUGUGAAGAAGGGUUUUUCUUGAACGGAACAGCUGACACAGACUGCACCUCUCAGGGCGCAUGGAGCACAGAAAUACCCCGCUGUCUGGCACACCGCUGCCCCCUACUGGCCAAGGCUCCCCAACAUGGGAGGAUGAACUGUAGCCAUCCGCACUCACCUUACAGCUAUGACUCACACUGUGAAUUUGAAUGUACUGAGGGUUUCUGGCUGAAAGGAACAUCAUCUAUGACGUGCAACAAAUCAGGCCACUGGAGCCAGUAUCUUCCCACCUGCCAGCCGGUACAGUGUGGUGCCAUUCCAGCCUUGUCGUUACGCCUGUCUAUGAACUGUUCCCACCCUCUUGGAAACUUCAGCUUUGGCUCCUUGUGUCUUUUCAAUUGUAAAGAAGGAUUUUCCCUGAAUGGCACAGAGAUGCUCUUUUGUCUCUCCACAGGGUUUUGGAGUGACAGUGUCCCCACCUGCACAGUGAAUGGUAUGCCAGUGGGGACUGCCAUGUUGAUGUAUACGGGUGUAGGAGCAGCCUCUGUUGUUGUGCCACUUGCCCUGGUAGGACUGUUUCUGUUAGUUAUGAGGCGAUUUAAGAAAAAAGGAAAUUCCAUCAUGGCUGAUGCGCCAGGUUGGGAAGACAGAGAGAAUCCAGCAUUUGAAUUUUGAUUCUCUCUCUCUCUCUCUCUCUCUCUCUCUCUCUCUCUCUCUCUCUCUGUUGAGUUAUUUUUGCAGGAAAUCAUUUGAAACACUGCAACCUAAUGCUUGCUAUUAUUAUAUGAAGCUUGAUGGUUAUUAUAUUCAGAAGAUUACAGUAGGAUCAGAACUUUACAUUUAACUUUGAUUUGUCCUCUCACAGAUUCCUUAAAAAGAUAAUUAUGCCCUGCUUGUAAGAAAACCUUUUGUUAUCAAUGAGCCCAAAAUCAUGAUACACAGUUCACACAUGAUUCGCACAGAGCAAAGCUUGUGUGCAGCAUUUUCUUUGUGUCUUGCUGGUAUAUUGCUUAUUUUUCAAUAAAAUAUCAACAGUU